AUGGCAAAAGACCGCUUCAUCCCGAAUCUUUUUCCGAAUUUAGAGCCGUCUGUAGCCGAGAAAGCCGAACUCCAGGCUCUUGUCACAACUUUUAUCGAUGAACACCUUCCAAACUAUAAAAAGUAUACGUCUAGCAAAACCUGUAAAGUUGACACGAACCGUUGGAAGCUUGUCAAGACACAAGAUGUCCGGUUGUAUUCCGAUCGAGAUACCACGAACAAACGUCAUUCUGCGAACAAAAGCGAAAACAAAGCGUCGAAUUUGCCAGUCGUUCUGUGCGAGGGCUCUGUCCCUGGCAAACUUGAGGAUGUGAUGUUUGGAAUAGUUAGUCCAACUCUCGAGCUUAUGCGUUUGAAAGCAUCGUACAUUGACGACAACAUCAGCAGUGCUUCACUGUUGUCACAAGUUGUGAAGCCGACGCCUGAAGAUCCGCUACAGUCCUUGGUAAUCAAGUGGAUGCAGCUAGAUCUGCCGCUGAGCUCGACGAAUUUGGUGAAAAACCGCGAUUUUGUAUACAUGGAGGCCACAGGCCUAUUGCAGACCAGAGACAGGGAACGCGUUGGUUAUCACAUCCAGCAUUCAAUUGGUCUGCCACAAGCACCGGAACUACCGGGCCGUGUUCGUGGCAAUAUUCACUUUUGUGCUUUCUUCCGUCAGGAUUGGGACUUGUCUGUUGAAAUGUACGCAACCGGUGUGUGUGACCCGGGAGGUCCCGUCUUGAAGUCGCUGCUGUUGUACCCAAUGAGUUUGAUGCUUCUGGCGAGCACAGAAUACGCCCACUGCGGCGAGAUGAAGAAAUUAGCGUGGAUCAUGCAACACCGUAACGCACAGAAGAAGCAGAUGGGCACCAAGCGCAAUGACGACAAUUGUGUAAUGUGUUCGUCGCCAGUAAGCCAUAGUCGUAUGGGCAAACUGAGCACUACUCGUGGAUCGUGCAAACUUUGCUUCAACGCCGUGUGUCGCUCGUGUCGUGUUCGCAAGCUAGUGACGUUCGUGGAGCCCGAUCUUAACUAUAACAAGCGCAAGGUCACGUUCUGCCCGGUUUGCAUCAAGGAAGCGCUCAGCGUCAGCGCCUUAAGAGUUGCGAGGGAUCAGACAUUAGCUCCCGAGAGGCUUCGUGACUUUCGCCAGAGUAGCAACUUCUCCGCCACGUGUUCAUCCGACGAAUGA